AUGACUGAGGUUCAGCUUGGCCCGACAGGCUCAAUGUCAUUACGAGUCUCGGCCUCGAUGAUAGUAUUGGUAUUUAUUGCGCUAUGUCUACGAGGAUGGGCUCGAAGCAAGGUCCACAAAGGCAUUCUACUGGAGGAUAUGCUUAUUCUGCUCGCCGCUGCAAUGUUCUACGCUAACCAGGGAACAUUCCUAUACGCCAUAUUAGGAAAUGGAUCCUCUGGUGGGUCGGAUUUCACCUUAAUGACGAAACACCAGAUGAAUAGAUUUCUGAAGUAUCUUUUUGUCGAAGAGAUUCUGUUCCUUCUCGGUAUUACAGCAACGAAGUUCUCGAUUCUAAUCUUUUAUCGCCAUAUUUUCUCCGUUCCUUCGUUUAUGCGGAUCAAUUGGAUCCUCAUGGGCGUUUGCGCCUGUUGGUGCAUUAUUGCAUUUUUUGUUAUUAUCUUCGAGUGCCAUCCUGUUCGAGCAAUGUGGAAUUACGAAACACUACGCGAUAAGGAUAUUUGCAUUCCGGAGGGCACUAUGAUCGCUGGAUUUGGUAUCGCCGAGAUACCCAUUGACAUUAUGAUCUUGGCGCAUCCAAUAUUCAUGGUACGUAACCUACAAAUGCCUGUACUAAAACGAGCGAGUUUGAUGGGUGUAUUUCUGUUGGGUGGUUUUGUUUGUGUCACCUGUGCCGUGCGGGUCUGGUUCAGUUGGCUUCCAUCCACAGGCUAUGACCGUGAUAUUCCGGCAUCAUUAGACUGGACCACCGUUGAGCUGGCGUGUGCUAUUGUUUGUGCAUGUCUACCGACUUAUGGGCCUUUGCUCCAAAUACAUAAGCGAAUCGCGAAUGUGAGGACCUCUUAUGGAAAGAUGCGUAACGGGGGAGGAGAUCUUUACUGA